CUUCAGAGUGAUUGGAGUAGGGAAGAGAAAGCAGGGACAGAUUGUCCCGCUACGUGCAGUGAUAAACUAGUCGCCGUUCCACAGCCGAGGUCAGAUCAGAAUCAUCGCUCUGACACGCACAAAUGAUGUAAUGUUCAGCCCUGGAGUUUAACAUCUGUACAGCACCCCUAGUCCGGCCCCCACUGCUCUCUCGUCAGAGCCUGCACUCCGCGGCAAGACAGUCCAAGCCAGGCCGGGCCGGGAGGAUGUCGGCGAUCAAACGCGACCCCAGGAUCACCUACAGUCAAAGCCUAGGGUGCGGGGCAGCGGCCGGGGUCCUGAGCCGCUCGCUAACGUGCCCGCUCGAUGUGGUGAAAGUUCUGAGCCAAGUGGGCACCUUCCACGCCAAGAAAGGCUUCAUCAGGACUUUCCAGCUACUGUGCGAGGCCGAAGGGCCGCGGGCUCUGUGGAAGGGGAACUGUAUCGCCUGCCUGCGCCUGUUCCCCUACAACGCCACUCAGUUGUCAGCUUUCCACAAGUUUGUGUACCUGUUCAUGGAUGACUUGGGCCACAUCUCCCAUUGUGGCGCCAUUGUGGCCGGGAGCCUGGCGGGUAUCGUGGCCGCUCUCCUCACCUACCCGACCGAACUGAUCGAGACCAGGCUGAUUGUUCAGAACAGCACGGCUCCCACCUACAGAGGCAUCGUCCACGCUCUCCUCACCAUCUACACGAGCGAGGGAUUCCUAGCUCUUUACCGAGGGGCAUCACUCUCAAUACUGGGUGCAGUACCUUUCUCUGCUGGCUCUUUUUUAGUCUACAUUAACCUGGAUAAACUCUGGAAUAAGCCCAGUGUGAAGCUCACACCGCUGCAGAACUUUGCCAAUGGUUGCUUGGCAGCUGGUGUCGCCCAGACUCUCUCCUUCCCCUUCGAAACUGUGAAGAGGAAGAUGCAGGCACAAAGUCCCCUGCUUCCUCACUACGGAGGUGUAGAUGUGCAUUUCACUGGAGUCGUGGACUGCUUCAAGCAGAUUGUGAAGACAAAGGGUUUUCUAAGUCUAUGGAAUGGACUUACUGCCAACAUACUGAAGAUUGUUCCCUACUAUGGUUUGAUGUUCAGCACCUUUGAGUUCUGUAAGCGGGCCUGUCUGUACAGGAACGGCUACAUCGUGUCGCCACUGAGCUACCGGCUCAGCCCAGGAGUCGACCAGAGCUUGAGGGCCGACGAGCUGCAGGAACUGAAGAGGUUGAUCGGGGGAAAGAGCUUCGAGACGGGCCGACCCUCGAUCGGCAACAAGUGGUGGGGCUGAGAGAGACCCGACUGUGAGGACCUGUGACAGGGCCCUUGUAACGUCAAUCACAGACUGCCCCCGGGAGGGCAAAAAGAUCCCGUCUCUCUCAAUAACUCAAGCUGCACUUUACACAAAACGUCGAUCAGUUAAUAGCAAAGGGGAGGCUCCCCUUCUCGAGGUGAUUUACGCCUGUUAUUUAACAAACAGGACAGCCCAGCAUCACCAUCAAAUACCCUGCAGUCUCAAACAUUGAUAGCUUCUCCUAGAAUUAAUUUGAUUUCCGAUACGCAAAAUUGGUUUCCACGUUUUAAGGCGUGCGGGGGAAAGAUUUAAAAGCGACCUGAGGAGUAGGUUUUUCCCACAGACGGUGGCUGGUGUAUGGAAUGAGCUGCCAGAGGAAGAGGGGGCAUUUGCACAGUCUAAAGAGGGAGAUGCGGCCCAAAUGCAGGCAAGUGGGACGAGCUCAGCUCGGCAACUUGGUCAGCAUGGGGAGUUGGGCAAACCCAUUACCGUGGUGAAUAAUGCCAGGACUCUGUACCUUUUUUUAAUGAUUGGUGGAGUGCGAUCUGUGGGUGCUGACUGCACCCACCCAUAGACCUGGGUAAAGUAAACAAUGGCAAUGUAGAACCAUAAUAGUCUGAAUGUGCAAGACAGGGACAUUAUCUGUAAUGCUCUGGUUCAAAAGCUUUCAUUUUAUAUUGUGCCUUUGCCCUAAUAAAAUACGCCAAAGAUCUUCCAAAGA